AUGGCGGGAGUUGGAGGAAAACUGAAGAUUUUGAGGCCACUUUUGUCAAUUGCAUGGAGUUUUCUUUUAGCUGCUAUAUUUGUAUCAGCAGAAAGAAGCAUCAAGAGGGAAACUAUGGAAGCCCAAAAUGCAACUGAGCUUUCAGAUGCAGAUUACCUUUCUGCUGUUGUCAACUUCUUAUGGAAGCCUAACGAAUCUGGUUACCAACAUGUUUGGCCGGAUAUGAAAUUUGGAUGGCAAAUUGUUGUUGGUACCAUAAUUGGAUUCUUGGGCGCAGCAUUUGGGAGUGUAGGUGGUGUUGGUGGUGGUGGCAUAUUCGUACCCAUGCUUAGUCUUAUUGUUGGAUUUGAUCCAAAAUCAUCAACAGCAAUUUCAAAAUGUAUGAUCAUGGGAGCUGCAGUCUCCACUGUUUACUAUAACUUAAAGCUGAGGCAUCCCACAAUUGCCAUGCCUAUUAUUGAUUAUGACUUGGCUGUGCUCAUCCAGCCAAUGCUGAUGCUUGGCAUCAGUAUUGGAGUUACUUUCAAUGUGAUAUUUGCUGAUUGGAUGGUUACAGUUCUGCUAAUUGUUCUCUUCCUUGGCACGUCAACCAAGGCCUUUCUAAGAGGGGUUGAGACGUGGAAGAAAGAAACUAUUGUGAAAAAGGAGGCUGCUGCUAAACUUUCAGGGGCAAAUGGCACGGGUGAUGAAGCAGAGUACAAGCUCCUUCCCAGCGGUCCCGCCAAUGGAAAUGAAAAGGAUGCUAAGGGUUCGGCUGAACCAGAGGUUCCUUUCAUGGAGAAUGUUUGCUGGAAGGAAUUUGGACUCCUUUGUUUUGUGUGGAUUGCAUUUCUUGCACUGCAAAUCCUGAAGAUAUACACAGCUACUUGUUCGGUGUGGUAUUGGGUGGUGAAUUUGUUGCAGAUCCCAGUUUCUGUUGGGGUAUCUUCAUAUGAAGCUAUUAGCCUGUAUAAAGGUUGGAGGAAGAUUCAAUCCAAGGGAGACGAAGGCACCAAUUUCCGUGUGAUGCAACUGAUUGUUUAUUGCUUCUUCGGAAUACUAGCUGGUAUGGUUGGCGGACUUCUUGGUCUUGGUGGAGGAUUCAUCAUGGGUCCAUUGUUUUUGGAGCUCGGUGUCCCUCCUCAGGUCUCAAGUGCCACUGCCACCUUUGCGAUGAUGUUCUCCUCAUCAAUGUCUGUGGUAGAGUAUUACCUUCUAAAGCGUUUCCCUGUUCCUUACGCUAUCUACUUUGUUGCUGUGGCAACCGUUGCUGCUUUCGUUGGGCAACACGUCGUGAGGAGGUUGAUUGUUGUAUUAGGACGGGCUUCACUUAUCAUCUUCAUCCUUGCUUUCACAAUUUUUGUGAGCGCAAUAUCACUGGGUGGGGUCGGAAUAUCAAAUAUGAUUGGGAAGAUCCAGCGCGAUGAAUACAUGGGAUUCGAGAACCUUUGCAAAUAUGAGGUUUAAUCAAGUUAGUCUCCAGGAAAUGGUGGGUCCAUUCUACAUUAGCUAUACACUAUUUAGAGAAUUCUGCUCUAGAGAAAAAUAUAGGAAGUAAGAAGUAGAAAUCUUUUUGUUUAGGAUUUCUUUUGUCAUUUUUCCCUUGUCAUUCUGUUUGAAUUUUUCUGUUUUAGUGCUUCCAUCAAUUGAAAAUCUGGUAUAUCUUGAACACCAGGAAUAAUGGAGAAGAGACUGAGAUCGGUUGAAUUUUUGUUUUUUUUGGCAUAAUGUUGUGUGAUCCACUCUACCAGCAAUAUUAGUGAAGCGUAUUCAUUCAUUUCUCUUUUUAGCAGAA